GACGUCACCGGCCGGGCUGGCGAUAGGCUGCGCGCUGAGCUCCCUGAAGCGGCGCCGGCUCCGGCUCCGGCUCUGCCCGCUUCAUUCGGCGCCUUCUGCAGCCUCGGCGAGCGCGCGGCCGGGGGCUCCCUCCAGCCAGUGGCAGCCCAGGCUUGAUCUUUCAUCUGACAUCUCCAGAGAGCCAGCCGCGUCCAGCGCAUUUCCAGCCAGUGCAAACCCCCAGCCCGGAACCAAUUCAAAUUCAAGCAUCUGCAGGGAGAAGAGGAAGAUCCUCAUCUUCUUAAGCCUCCUCAAUGAGUGCCAAGCUCUCCAAGGAGUUGAGGCUGUCUCUGCCACCUUGUCUCUUGAACAGGACAUCUGCCUCCUCCAACGCCAGCAGCACCUGCAUCGCGCAGGUGGGGCAGCUCUUUCAGUCCUUCUCUUCCACUCUGGUUUUAAUCGUCCUGGUCACCCUCAUCUUCUGCCUGAUCCUCCUCUCCCUCACCACCUUCCACGUCCACAAGAGGAAGAUGAAGAAGCGGAAAAUGCAGAGGGCUCAGGAGGAAUAUGAACGGGACCACUGCAGCAGCAGCAGCCCCGAGGCAGGUAUUCAGGGAGAGACACCCCCUGGAAGAACCCCCCGGCUGGGAAGCUCCACCCAGGACUCGGGAAUCCAGCGCCCGUCUCCCCCGGAGCCCCGGAGCGCUCACCCGGCAAGAUCUUGUUUGGACACAGCUAGUGCGGGGCUCCUGCAAACCGUGGUAUUGUCAUGAUUAUUUUGGGGGGACCUCGCCAAGGCUCUGUUUGGUGUUUGUAAAUACUUCAGUGAUGAUUGUAGGCUCUGAAAAGAAAAGUUAUUAAUUAAAACGAACGAACAAACCCACAAUUCAAGCGCAUGACAAAUCACGCUGCGUUUCUCAUUGACUGUGCAAAGAAAGGAUGCGUCUUUUUAACGGAAAAGAAGCUGCACAGUGCUACCAAAUAUACAGUCAUCUGCCCGGAGGCGUGGGGGUGGGGGAUCCCAGUGUGAUGCACAGAGUUAUCAUAAGGAUCGAGAAGAUAUUUUCCCCCCAUUCCUCUCCUGGGCUUAUCCCAAAUUGUAUGUUAUAAACGAACAGUUUAGAUUGGGGGGAGGGAGGGCAUGGCACAGGGUGAGAGACAAAGAAAGAGUGAUCUGAACGAUGCAGUGGGAUCCUUAGUCUCUCAAACAAAGGAGAUGAGUGCAGCUCAUGGCGAAAGGCAGGGACCUUUUGCCAGGGGCGGAGAAAGACCCGAUCUUUCUGUAGGGUCUCUUCUUCUGCAUCAAUAACUCUCUCCCUCUCCAAAGACUGGAUAUUGUUUUCUUUAGAAAUGUCCUCCCCUGGUUGAGUGCAAGUAAAACGACAGCCCUCCCGCUCCUUCCCCACUCCAUGGUAAGCCCCUUAGCUCUCGCUUCUCUCUCUCUGCAAUAGCCGGUGCCCCGUGUGUCCCGACGCUUGAAAGCAGCCUAGCAGUGCUUCUUGUAUGGGAGGCAGUGGGCUGUUACGUCUUUUCCCCUACACCCACCCCAGCCCACCCCAAGUCACUUUCUAGUGUAAUACUCCAUUCGUUCUAUUAAACCUGGAAUAAGGAAUCUUUUUUUUUUGCUAACAGAGUAUUACGUGAUGUGCAGUAGUUUACCCCCUCAGAAUGUUUGAUUAUUUAUUUUAAAGAGGUGUGCCCUUGUUAUACCUCCUGUUGGUACUGAAGCAAAAUGUUGUUCUGUACUAUGCACUGUACACUGUAUAUUCCUCUUCGUUUAUAGCUUUUACCCAUUGAAUAAUGAAUUCAGCAGCA